ACGGAUUGCUGGAUCGUGGAUCGCCGUCUUCUUUUUCUGAAUAACGAUUCUCUGCUAUCACUAUCACUACAAGAUCCAGUCAAGAUUAAAACGCACAUUAACGAUAAAAAGGAUCUCACGCAAGACAGCUGAUGAGAAUAAAAUGAAAUUGUGAGUUACCCUUUGAGUAGAACACUUUGCUAAGGUAUAAUGACUCACAAAUGCAUCGAUUAGUGCGAUGGCUCACUCUGGAACUUCAUUAUUUAUUAAAUGAGAAUGUGGGACAUAUAUCUUAUGUGAUAACGAGGAUCUUGGAGCUCCUACCUCAGUACCACAUUAACUCUCCGGAGUUCAGGGAGGCGAUGCUCCGGUACUUCGGCGACAGGACCGACCAUUUUCACACGAGGAUAUCUACUAUGGUCAAUGAGGUCAUAUCGAGUUCCGAGUCGGAAGCGAGCACGGACUCCGACAUCGUUAUGGUGUCCAGCUCCGAGCCGGCGGAGCAGCCCCCGGGACCCUCCAGAGUGCCCGCGCCCGUCUAUCCUCAAAACUACAUUCCAGAGACUACGACGAACAACGUCAUUCCUAUAGAGACCUUAUCGCAUACCGAUACAGAUGACGAUUCAUCGGAAGUUAUGUUUGUAGGAUACAUAAAACCACCUCAGGACAGGACUCCCGAAGUGGUCGAUUUACUCGGAUCGGAUAGCGACGUGAUCGUUCAGGAAAACGUACCGGAAACGUCCCAAAGCCACGACACGAAAAGUAGACCCUCCGGAUCACGAUUUAAAUUAAGUUUAAAGAGACACAAGCCUCCAAUGUCGGACUCCGAUAGCGAGAGCGACGCCGGCGUACCUCCGCCCUCCAAGCGCAAGCGGCCACAUCGCUCCAACGACACGGCCACCACCUCCGACACUUGCCGCACCACGCCCUCGCCCGCGCCCGCCUCGUUCUCCGCGCCCUCCCCCACUCCCACUCCCACGCCCACGCCCAGCUUCCCCUCGCCGCCCCUAGCCGCACUCCGACGCUUCCCCAGCCUGACAAACAAGAGAAAAAGAUUGCACAAGAAGAAGCCGCGCGGUGCGAAUGAUACUAGUGCGGUUAUUAAUUCUGUCGUAGCGAAUUCUAGCUCGUGUCAACGUUCUCACAAAUUGGAUGUGGGACGACGGACUGCGAUCCCGCAAAGGUAUGAGCCCCAGUCUGCCGUCAAAUACGAUACAGACGGUACGUCGGAUUCGGUAGACGAUCUGCCCUUAAAUCUGACAGUGAAAAGGAGCGCCUGUUCUUGAGUAUAAUUAUUACAAUUCUAAUGUACGCUUAAGUAUAUGCUAACAUUUGUACGGGUUCCCGAAAACUAGAAGUGUGCUGGAUUACGAAUACACUGAUUGUUCCCUUAAAUACAGAGAUGCCGAAUUUAUGUUACAAAAUUAGUAGCUUUAACCAUAUUGUAAGUUUAAUUUCUUCA